CACUGUUCAAGUAUUAUAAAACCAUCCCUUUCUCCACACCCUAAACUCACAAUCACAGACCACGCACGAAUCAUAUACUUGUACAUCAUUCAUAAAAAGUUGUACAUAUUUACGAACUAGAAAAUUCCAUUUCCACAAUGCAGGCUGUUCUAUUAUAAGUAGUCCCUCCCUUCAUCUCGUGAAGUGAACACGCAGUGGCUCCCAUCAAAUAAAAAUGAAAACGCUUUCUUCUUCAUUGGUUCUUAAUCUUCUUAUUCAUGUGGGGUUACCUGUAAUUACCAUUAUAGCCUUCUACUUCUUGAAUAUUAUAUGGAUGAAACCGCAAAGACUAAGAAGAAAGCUCGAAAAGCAAGGAAUCAGAGGGCCAAAACCGUCUUUUCCAUAUGGGAAUGUGGGUGAGAUGCAGAAGAUUCAAGCGGCUGCAAUCGCCAUGAAAGCUUCAAGGUCAAGCGAUGGAGAUUUUGUAGGUGAUGAUUAUACGUCUACUCUCUUCCCAUACUUUGAACAAUGGAGGAAACAAUACGGUUCAAUAUAUACAUACUCGACAGGGAAUAAACAACACCUGUAUAUAAAUGAUCCAGAGCUUGUUAAAGAAAUGAACCAGUCCAUCACUCUUGGACUUGGUAAACCUUCUUACGUUACCAAAAGACUCUCUCCUCUCCUUGGCAAUGGAAUCCUCAGAUCAAAUGGCCAUUUUUGGGUCCACCAAAGGAAAAUUAUUGCCCCUGAAUUCUUCAUGGAUAAAGUCAAGGGUAUGGUGGGGCUAAUGUCGGAAUCGGCUGAACCGCUUUUGAGGAAAUGGGAAGCUUGCAUCGAAGAUGUGAUUUCAAGGGCUUGUUUUGGAAGCUCUUAUACAAAAGGCAAAGAGAUUUUCUCCAAGCUUAGAACCCUUCAGAAAACUAUCUCAUCUAAAGGCAUGCUCUUUGGCCUUCCUACUUAUGGACUGAGGAAAGAUGUAAAGAGCUUAGAAAAAGAGAUAGAUUCAUUGAUAUGGGAAGCUGUAUGCGAAAGAAAAUGUCAACAAACACCAUUGUUGAAGAAAGAUCUUCUGCAAAUGAUCCUGGAAGAAGCCAUGGAUCAUUUCGCCAGCAAAGACGAAAGCAAACAUUUCAUCGUCGAUAACUGUAAGAAUAUUUACUUCGCCGGGCACGAAUCGACGAGUGUCGCUGCAUCAUGGUGCUUGAUGCUGCUCGCAUUACACCCAGAAUGGCAAACUCACAUCUCCGACGAAAUGUCCGAAGCUUGCCCUAAUGGUGUUCUCGAUGUUGAUUCACUCCCUAAAUUGAAAUCGGUGACGAUGGUGAUUCAAGAAGCGAUGCGGUUGUUCCCGCCGGCAGCGUUUGUGUCACGUGAGGCACUAGAAAGGACGCAGAUAGGGCACGUGGACGUGCCUAAAGGAGUAUGCAUAUGGAGUUUGAUCCCGACCCUUCAUCGUGACCCGGAAAUAUGGGGCCCGGAUUCCCAUGUAUUUCGACCCGACAGGUUCAUUAAUGGUGUAACAAAAGCAUGCAAAAGCCCACAAGCAUAUGUUCCUUUUGGGGUUGGGGCCCGGUCUUGUUUGGGCCGAAAUUUUGCUAUGGCCCAACUGAAAGUUGUCAUUUCACUCAUCACUUCCAAGUUCAAAUUUUCGUUAUCUCCAAACUAUCAACAUUCUCCUGCUUAUAGAAUGGUUGUACAACCUGGCCAUGGUGUCAACAUCAUCGUUCACAAGUCGUAGCGGAUUAUAUAACUCAUUUUUAGCGGUUGUUUUAUUUUUCUCUAUCAAGUCUUGUUCCUGAAUAGAUAAUGAUAUAUGUGUUCAUGAAGUGUUAGUAUACAUUAAGGUGUUAAUAACUUAAUAUAUAUAAUAAUAUAUGUUUCUUUUACAAGACUUUAUAAACCAUAUGAAUAAGACAAACGAC